ACCGGGAGCCUAGAAAAGCGGAGCCGGGCGCCGAGGGCUUUGCCGGCCGACCAUGAAGAACCCGGUGCAGCAGGCAGCCUCGCUGCUGCUGGAGAAGCUUAUGAUGCUCCUCGUCCACGUCCGGCCCUUCCUCGCGGGCUCCGGCGGGGAGACAACGCCACCGCCCCCCGGCGACUACGACACCAGCUGCUUCAAACGGGGAGACCUUCUGGAGGUGCCUCGCACCCUCUUUAUUCACUUCGGCAUCUACCUGGGCGAGAACCGCGUCGCCCACUUGAUGCCCGACAUCCUGCCCUCCUUCACCGACGACCUCCGGCAGAUCCAGCAGGUGGUGACCAACAAGCGGCUUAUCCUGGGCGUCAUCGCCAGGACGGCCAGCGUCCGCGUGGACACGGUGGAGAACUUCGCCUACGGCGGCAGCAUCCUGGUCAACCACAUGGACCGGCUCUUCGAGGACCAGGUGCUGGGCAGCGAGGAGGCGGCGCGCCGGGCGGAGAAGCUGAUGGGCACCACGGCCUACAGCCUGCUCUGGAACAACUGCGAGCACUUCGUCACCUACUGCCGAUACGGAGCCCCGGUCAGCUUUCAGACCGACAAGUUCUGUGAGACUGUGAAGAUGAUUAUUCGGGACCAGAGGAGCGUGCUCGCGUCAGUGCUUGUGGGACUAGCGUCAAUAGUCUGCCUAGGUUUGGCACCCUCCACCACGCUCCCCACUAUCUUUAUUCCCUUCUUCCUGUGGAUGGCUGGCUGACAGCCUUCCUGGAGGCGUGCAACUGGCAUCUGUAUAUAGGAUGUAUACUACUGUAUUUAUGAAAGCACAGAUUACUCAUCGAUGUCGUGUAAAGUUUCUUAACCUUGUGCACCAUUUUAAAAUACAACUCUGUCUAGAACACAGUGCACAAGGCAUAGCUUACUGUGUAAGCCAAGUAACAGAUUUCCUGAAAAUCUUGGUAUAUUUUAACACACCUUUAAAUCGUUGAAAAAAGUAGGUUUGCAAUGCAGUUCUGUUCCUUGUCUUUAGCAAUAAGUGAUUCUGACUACAUCCUUCAGAUUCUUCAAUUUCUUAGCUGCAUACCUGGGUGCCAUAACUAUUAACAAAAAUGGAUGAUGGAGUUCCACAAAGUGAUGGAAAUGGGAAACAAGCUGCUUACCUCUUUCUUUUAUAAAUAUAGUAUAUAUUCAGAAAUUACUGUGUCCAUUCUUAAAAUACUCUUUAGUGGAAAUGCAAGUGAGUAAACUGACUCUUUUUGAUAGCAAAGAAGGAAAACCAACCUCUGUGCUGCAGGAGCACAUCUGGCUAGACUGGCUAAAGUAAUUUCCCUUCUGAGAAAUGUUCACAAAUCUGUCAGUUGUAUUAAUUGUGUAAAUGCUUGCUACAGUAUUGAACAACUUUUUAAUUGGGUUAGUGGUAAGGAAAUAUGGCAACUCCUUGCCAAUUUCCUUGCUGCUGAUAGUGGCUAGUGCGGCUAAUAUAAAUGGCGACAGAGGGAUUUAGGAGAUACAGGAAGAAACUGUCUUGCCAUAUGACAGCUAGUGACCUACAGAUGUUGGACAUUCCCAGUGUUCCAGAAAACAUGGCAGUGAGGAGGAGGACAGACACCAAUUUAAUUCCUGCCUUCCCUCAGCAGUGGAACCUGUGUGAGUGCCAUGAAGUAUCAGGGAUUAUCGGAGCAGUUUCUGUGGUGGCUAUAUUGUGAUUUUGUAUAUUGCCUUAAAACAAGAUGCUUCUCAGUAAAAGAUAACGUGUCUUUCUAUACUAAUUUCUUGUGAGUAAGUAUUCACUUGCAAGCCAACAGAUGGUGCUAAAAAUGUUUCAUCUUCAGUGUUGUGGCUUUUUGGUUUAUCAAGAAUGUGUAAAGUUGGAUUUGAAAUCAAGUUCAUGUAGCCAAUUGUUUAAAUGCCAAAAACCUUUGCUAUUUUUUUUUCUCAGUAAGGUCUUUUAUGUAUGCAGAGAAAUUGUUCAGCUCCUGGAAUGUCUUGUGUGCAUACAUGCACUUACUUGUUCACACACUGUGCUUGCCUUCCUUUCUUGUCAAGAGCCAAUACGACGGUGUCUUGACCAAGGACUGAACUUCAGAUAUACUUGUUUCUCUAAGUGGUGUGCAGUGUCCUGUUAUCAGCUCUGUUACUGAAAUGGCCACUUCCCAAAUUUUUACAGAGACUCACUUUAACUGUGCUAUAAACCCCUUCCUCCUUCCCCUAGACCUUACAGAUGCUUGAAGAUUAUAUUUUUGAACUGUGAGUCUACUUGGCUACUCUCUAAUCAUUGUCUUCUGGCUGCUUCACUAUAAGUGACAAAGAAUGUAAAGAUUGGGGUGAAAUUCCAGCUCGUAGGAAACAGCAGCAUGACUGCUGCUGCCAUCAAGUGAGAGGGGAUUUCAGCCCAGCUUUCAGUACACAUUCAAUCUGCAGCCCAGCUCCAAGCAGCUGGAUAUCAAUUACUGCUGGAUCCUUGUAAACAACUUCUGUUCUGCUUUCAAAGAUUACAAUGCUCAGUGUAACUGUUUCUGGUAAACUUUUGAAAUUGAGGUGUUUUUUAAUUAACAGGAAUUACUUUUUCAUAGUGUGCAUUAGUGAUAUUUACAUAAACUCUAGUUUGUUGGGUUUUUUUACUUGCUGUGCAUAAGGUAUGAACUGUAGUCAUUACUGUAAUUAUAUAAAUAGAUUUUAUUCAGUUACAAAGUCUACUAGCCUCUUGAUAUUUAGUAUAGGGCUGUAGCAUUACUGUAAGAUAUCCCAGUAGGGCACUGAACAGGCCAUUAACAUGCAGUUACAUGGUGUCUGAUUACAGGUGGGCUUUUCUUUACCCUUUAUUUAAUUGGGAUUUAUAAAAAUUCCAGUAAUUCUUACGAUUUACAUAUACAAUAAACAACGGGGUCAUGACCAGUAACCAAACUACAAGUGGGACUGUUGGAAGGCAGAGAAAUGUUCCUGCUCUAGCUUCAGUAUCAAAGGACCAGUGCUCCUCCACUGCUAAUGCUGUUGAGCAAAAAUCAUCCAGAGUGACUAAAUUGGGAUUUUCAUAGGUGUCUAUGAAAUAAAUGAAAGCAGUUCCUUGCAGGCUUACAGCUGUAUAAUAGAGAAUGUUCCUUCAACGUGUAAAGUUUUAAACUUAUGAAAUGCUAUGAAAUAGUCUAGAAUGUCUCGCGGUAUCCUUUCAUCAAAGACAAAUAAUAAUGUGGGCAUAGGAACAGAAAUUCAGCUGCAUGUUUAGGCAUUUUUCCUACCAACUAUAAUUCUAGCAAAGAUCUGGAAAUUUUGUUAAAGUCAGGCAUGAGUCAAAUCAGUCAUAUUCUGAGGGGAAAAACAAGACUAGCAGGCAUGAAUUGUCCUGUCCAGCUCAGUGGGUGGUGGUUGUGCUCUGAAAUAUUUUGGUAAAUGUCAGUAUCAACUUUUUUCUGUAAUUACUUGAGUAAAAAUAAGCACUUGCCCUAGCUGGAGCAUUGCAUUUCAGACUUGAGCUCAACUGUGAUGCAAUUGAAAUGAAGGGGCCAGUUAUAAUAAAAACACAGAAAACUGUGAAGUAGUUCAGCUGUUGGGGAAAUGUGUGCGAUUAGACGUGAAAUUGUUCAUUGGUAACUGUAAGUGAUGACGAUGGGAAGUGUAAAUCUAGAGCUGCAGCUCAUUUUAGUGGUGGGGCUGUUUUGACAAGCUGUGUGGUUAAACCAGAAUACGUAAUGGAGGAGUAUAACCAUCACCCUUGUGCCACUGGGAAAGGCAAGUAGCGAAGACAUGCAGUUUAAAGGAUAGAUGUCUCACUUCAGGCUUUCCAAAGAAAACAAAAACAAAGUGAGCAUUCACAAGGCUCAAAAUGUUUUUACAAAACUUGUUUUUAAAAGAAAAAAAAAAGUAAGUUGCUAAAUGAAGGCAUUAGAACAGUGUGCUUUCUCUUUUUCUAUUUGCAUUUAUUUUAGCUUGGAACAUAAAUGAUUACUCAUAUUUUGGUGAACAAUCAUCUGCUGCUUGAUUUCACCUUUCCAUCCUCCUGUGCUGAAGGAGAAUGCUACAUAUAAAUGCCAUUGAGGCUUUUAAUGAAAACAAAAUCAUAGCAAUACUUGUUAAAGUCUGAGGGGGUGGGGAACAGGGAAUUAAACUGCUGUGUGACUUGACAUCAUCCAGACAGGUUUUAGAAAGCAAACUGCAGCAAGAAGAAACAUCAUAACUGUGAUCUCUAGAAAUGAUAUGGUGCUGUAUUAUUUAUUGCAUGUUCUCACAUUAAAUAAAGCGUCACACAUCACUGAAUGAUACAGAACUGUGUUAGGCAGUCAUUAGUUGGCAUCUCCUUUAUCCACAGAAAUUUAAAAAAAAGUUUUUUAGUCACCUCGGGUGACUCUAGGAGCCAUUUGCUCACUAUGCUUUUUCGGACCUGAUUCAUCCGAGUACUUAACUGCCGUGAAUGGGCUUACUGAUGGGAAGUGAAGAUAUAAAAGCUAAGUAGUUUUGGGGCUCUUUGCUGUAGUGCAUGGCAGUCUUCUGUCAGCCUUACAGAAAUCUUUCAGAGCACUGUGCUAGUAGAAUAAACAAUCUCCUCUGCUAUAGAAAUAGAUCAUAAAAAGGAUUUGAGGCUAUUUUGGCAUAAUUUCCUAAAAAAUUAUUCUUAUAUGUUCUAUGAUUUAGCUUCACUUCUGAAGUCAAGAGAACAUUUAGGAUGUGGUCCCGAGUGCUCAGAUACUGUGGGAGAAGGGGGGCAAGUGGUGAGAUCUUUAGGUAGUUUAAAUCAGAAUUACAUAGAUUGCAGUACCACAGUUCUGUCUGUCACAAAACUGGGGAUUUAGGUUUACUGUUUCCGUGUCUCACAGGGUAGAAAACUUCCCUUAGAUGUUCUGUAGCUUUCCUCAUUUACAAGGGAACUUCACUUAGCGCUGUGGCUUUGUUUCAGUAGUUGCUUCUUCUGUAUAGUGUAUCUGUGAACUGGAAAACAGUCAGUGGAUGCUCUGUGGUCAUGCGAUUUGGAACAAAUCAGCUGCAUAGUCUCCUACAACUACAUCACAACACCUACAAGUAGAUGCUUGGUCUGAACAAAGCAGUGGAAGUAUGGGAGGCAGACAGCAUAGGUUUAUUUUACUUGCAAGGGCAGGGUAUAUUAAGUGUGGUGUAGUGGGUUUCUGUGUCUAGGUUUGGUAGCAGAGGGGCCAUAGGGGUGGCUUCUGUUAGAAGCUGCUAGAAGCUUCCCCUGCCUGGUGGAGCCAAUACCAGCCAGCUCCAGGAUGGACUUCCUGCUGCU